UAGCAAAUGAUACGGAUCGAAAAUUGAACGAGAUGUAGAAAAAGCACAGAUACGAAUGCACGGAUUUUCUGUACACUAAAAAAUUACAGUAGGCAAUAAUUAUCCCUGCUAAUAAUAGCAAGAUUUUCAACUUCACGAAUAGUCAACGAUGUGCAACCCUCGAAAUUUCGAGCUUCGAGCUUCGAGUUUUGUUGCCGUCUGCUGCAUCGACGAGUAGAAAUUUCAAGCAAAUAAUAUAGAAAAAUGGCGACGAGCGAGGUACCGGUAGAAAUCACUGAAACUAGCCCAAUUGUCAGCGAGCACACUACCCUGAAGAUGGAAACAAUGGAAGUUGCCGAGCCAACGGUACCAUCGGGAAAAGACGCGGCAGCCACAAAUGACAAGGAUGCUGUUUCUGUCGACGAUAUGACAUCUCGUGACUAUUAUUUUGACUCGUAUGCACACUUUGGUAUACACGAAGAAAUGCUGAAGGAUGAGAUUAGAACGGUGACUUACCGAAACUCCAUGUACCACAACAAGCAUCUUUUCAAGGGUAAAACUGUCCUGGACAUUGGCUGCGGCACAGGAAUCCUCUCAAUGUUUGCUGCCAAGGCGGGAGCUGCUAGAGUAAUCGGAAUAGAAUGUUCCAAUAUCGUAGAAUAUGCUAAGAAGAUUGUUGAAGCCAAUCAGCUGUCCAAUGUGAUCACUAUUCUCAAGGGUAAAGUCGAGGAAGUGACUUUACCUGAUGGAAUAGAAAAAGUUGAUAUAAUAAUAUCAGAAUGGAUGGGCUAUUGCCUUUUCUACGAGUCUAUGCUUGACACCGUUUUGUUCGCUAGAGACAAGUGGCUGCGAGAAGAUGGUAUGCUGUUUCCGGAUAGGGCAACUUUGUUCAUUUGUGGAAUCGAAGAUCGCCAGUACAAAGAUGAGAAAAUAAACUGGUGGGACGAUGUCUACGGUUUUGACAUGAGUAGCAUAAGAAAGGUUGCAAUCAGUGAGCCGCUUGUAGAUGUCGUAGAUCCUAAACAAGUAGUUACAAACGCUUGUCUAAUAAAAGAAGUAGAUUUGUACACUGUAACCAAAGGAGAUCUGGAUUUCACGUCGCCAUUCAGUCUCCAAGUCAGGAGAAAUGACUAUGUACAAGCAUUGGUUACGUUUUUUAAUAUUGAAUUUACCAAGUGCCAUAAACGUAUCGGGUUCAGCACUGCUCCCGAAGCGCAAUACACACACUGGAAACAGACUGUGUUUUACUUCGACGACUACAUGACAGUAAAAAAAGGUGAAGAGAUAUACGGAGUGUUCUCUAUGAAACCAAAUGCGAGGAAUAAUCGGGAUCUCGAUUUUAGCGUGGAACUGGACUUUAAAGGCGAAUUGUGCGAAGUUCACGAAACCAACACUUACCGUAUGCGCUGAUCAGGCAUUAAGCCUGAUUAACCUACUUUUGCAUUCUCUUUUAGCUGUUAAGGCCUAUGGUCUCACGAAUGUGGCUUUGGUUACCCAUUCGUUUGGAACUAAAAUUAUAAUUGAUCAAUGGAGGAACUCGGAUGUUCAGAUUACCUGCCAUCGUAAACUAAAUUGCUGAAAUUCUAAGUUGAGCCUGAAUCGAGUUGAGUUCUGUGCAAAUCAUGCCCCGCAUUAAAAAAAUUGGUCCGCUUUCCUUCAUUUCUGGAUUUUUAUCGACUACUGUAAGUAAAUAUGUUAUUCUCUAAUCUUUCAUCAUCGAUUCCCCGGGCUACGCCGAGUCAGGUUUUCUUUUCUACAUCCAACGUUCUGUUUUUUACAGAGUUAUUAGGCCUUGCAUUUGUCUGGUACAGAAAGGCGAGCAAUGCCAUGGAAUAGGCGUUUGUCGUACUUGGUUCGAUUGUGUUUUGACGUAUCUCUGUUUUAGUAAUUAUUGCCAAUAAUAAUUUAAAUUCAAGUAUCUAGGAAUGUUAUUUCAGAAUUUGUGAGCGUGACUAGCUCAGCCGUUAAGGACACUGUGUAUAACUCACCGUACACUGUUACAUUGUAAUUUUUGUUGAGAAUUCAAUGUGAGAAUUUACUGCAUCCAAGGUAUCGAAAUAAGUGUAAUUAAUAUCUAUGGUAUUGCUACUGUAAGACGAUCAAUUUCUGAAUUUUCGACUCAGAAUUGUACUUUCAAGUCGAUUGCGAUAUUAUCCCACUGGACUAUAAAAAGUAGACGAUUUUUUAUCAAAUAUACCGAUGAAUUCAUCUGCGGUAAAUUGUGGAAUCCAGAGAUGUACAUAGGUAUAUGCGUAUCUCUUAUUUUUAACAAAAUACUAUUACCUACUGUCUGUUACUCUCAAAUAAUGCCAUCACAAUUUAUGUAGUCCAGUAAUCAGACAGUUUUCCAUUGCAACGUGAUUAUUUAACAAUAAAAUUAAUACAUUUGCUAUGAA